AAAAAUCUCAGCAAACAGUAGUGCAGAGAUCGAGAGACGGAGAAGAGGACGAACUUCACAGCACCUAAAAACUCGAGCGCACGAACGAGUGUCAACCGAAGCAAGCGGCGAAGAUGGCUCUCUUCUCCUUCGCACCGCAACCUUCCUCCCUGUUCUCCUCCGUCAGCAACCGCAACCGCAACCGCGAGCUCUCGGCCGCCGCGCCCGCCGCCUUCCUCAAGCCCACGCUCAUCUCUCUCCUCCCCCCGCGCUGUCCCAGGAGGCUCUCUCCCUCUCCCCUCACCCUCGCUCGCUCCCCCGACGCCCCCGACGCCCCCCCCGAGCCGGACUCCUCGGCGGCGCCCGCGAACGUCACCGACGAGUGGGGCGAGAAGGCCGACCCCGAGCCCGAGGCGUCGUACUCGAGGCUCUCCGAUUCGGACCCCCCGAGGGAGGACGACGAGUGGGGCGGCGGCGGCGGCGGCGGCGUGGAGGGGUACGUGGCGGCGGGCAACGGGACCCCUUCGGCUCAGGGGGAAGCGGCGGCGGUGGAGGAGGGGGCGGUGGAGGAUAGGGUUGGGGAUUUGAAGCGGUGCCUGGCGGACACGGUCUACGGGACGGACUUCGGGUUCCGGGCCGGGCAGGAGGUGAGGGCGGAGGUGCUGGAGCUGGUGAACCAGCUGGAGGCGGCGAACCCGACGCCGGCUCCGGUGGACGCCACGGGGCUGCUUGAUGGCAACUGGGUCUUGGUGUACACGGCUUCCUCCGAGCUCCUGCCUCUUCUGGCUGUGGGGGCAACGCCGCUCCUGAAAGUUCAAAAGAUAAGCCAAUCUAUCGAUACCAGUAGCCUCACAAUUGUGAACUCCACCACACUUUCCAGCCCCUUUGCUACUUUCUCAUUCAGUGCAUCUGCGGCUUUUGAGAUAAGAAGUCCCUCAAGGAUUCAGGUUGAAUUCAAGGAAGGAACCUUCCAACCUCCUGAGAUAAAGCCGACCAUCGAUCUCCCAGAAAGUGUGAAUGUCUUUGGGCAGAACAUAAAUCUAAUGCCAGUGCAGCAAUCAAUCAGUCCUCUGCAGGAAGCCGUGGCGAGUGUUUCGCGUGCCAUCUCCGGUCAGCCACCACUUAAGCUUCCCAUUCCAGGCGAGAGGACCCGCUCUUGGCUUCUCAUCACAUACCUCGACAAGGAUAUGAGGAUAUCACGAGGGGACGGGGGUCUCUUUGUGCUUGUCAAAGAAGGGAGUCCUCUUUUGAAUUAGUAACCAGACACCAUUCAUCAGGGUAUAGGAAAAAGGAUUUGGCAGAUUUUCCCGUGCUUGUUGUAUCGUCGACCAACAUAGAUAUUCAGAGAUUGAAACUGGUGCACAGACUUGUAAAUUAAUCGGGGACUUGCCCUUGUUGAGAGAUUGAGAUGGAUGCAGAGCUAAGAGUAAGAUCAUUUGCCAAUUUAUAACUAAA